AUGGGCGUUAUACAAUACCUUCGUCGCACAAGACCCGCGUCACAACCGUCGACCACCACAUCGUUGACAGCAUGCUGGCCGCUUUUUGCCAUCUCUUUCCUACUCUCUGCACUGUCCAUUACUAACCUGGGGCUGUUGAGCUCCAUGGUUGCAUGGCUACUCCGACAAAAACACAACGUGCAUACGUAUCAAGUCGACUGGCCUGGAAACGAAACAAAAUUAAACGUGGAGCCAAAGCAUCUAUGGGUGGACCAUGGCCAUGAGAGCAACGGUGCGGCGGCGUAUGGAUUCUUCGUGGGCCUCUUUGGCAUGGUCACUGCAUGGAGGAUGCGGAAUGCUCAACGGCGCCUAAAGAGUCUUACUGCACUCGCCGUCUUGCUCUUUCUCGCGGUUUUGUUCACCCUGUCGUGCUUCAUCUUUGCCUUUGUGGUGACGUAUCAGACGACAGACCAGUACAUCCGCGAGCCUGUCGCCGUUAACACGGUCGGGAUGAACUACCCAGAGUUUCGUUGGACACCUGAGACUUGGUUCAAGGCUGUACGGGAUCUCCCUCUUGCGGACCAGUCUACGCGCAACGAGAUCGAGGACAGGAUCAGAACCAUGGUGGCAUGGCGGUGGAUGCUGCUUGUAAUAUUCCUCGUCGAUGUCGCCGCAUUUAGCAUAACAGCAAUGGCUUGGUGGAAGCAGCGGAGGGGUGUGGCAGCGCGGCCAGGGUCUAGAGAUUCUACUGAGAAGUAG